CUCUUCUCUCAUCAGCCCUCUCUCUCUCCCUUAUUUCCACUCUUUUCUCUUUUUAUGUAUUGACAGGACAUAAAGUUCAAAAACUCCGCGUCCCUUCCCAACACUUAACGCACUCCAAAAACCCUAACUCUUUUCACCCUUUCACCCCCUUUCGUUCAUCGGAUUCUAUUCACAACCUUUGAAAUCACCUAAUCCUCCUCAUUUAUGGAAGAUAAAGAUGCGCCCGAUCCAGGAAGUGAGUUUGCAUCGGGGUCCAGCUGGACACUUGCUGGAGCCGACUCGGACGGCGUCAAUUACUUCUUGGAUAGGGAAAGUAGCAUCCUCAGCGAGUUCGGCUGGAAUCUCAAUCCUGACCAGGCCGACGGACUAGGACGAUUCGGUGACAUGGAAAGAAUCGAGAGGACUGAUUUUACCGGAGAUUGCGGCGGCUCACAAGGUACCGGUUCUGCUCCAGCCGCGUCAAAUCCGGGAGGAUCGGUUGACCUGUCCACGUCAAAUCCGUCGGUGUCAUCGAGCUCCAGCGAAGAUCAGACAGAGAAGUCUACUGCGGGCUCCGGCGUGAAGCCGCCUCAGAUUCCGAGUAAGGUGAGGAAAAAGGGGCAAAAGCGAAUCCGGCAGCCACGUUUUGCGUUUAUGACCAAGAGCGAAGUUGAUCACCUUGAGGACGGUUACAGAUGGCGCAAAUAUGGACAGAAAGCUGUCAAGAAUAGUCCAUUUCCUAGGAGCUAUUACCGGUGCACAAAUAGCAAAUGCACUGUAAAGAAGAGGGUGGAACGCUCCUCUGAAGAUCCCACCAUUGUUAUCACCACGUAUGAAGGUCAACACUGUCAUCAUACAGUUGGAUUCCCUCGUGGCGGAUUCAGCAGUCAUGAAGCUGGCUUUGCUGGUCAGUUGACUCCAGCAAUCUCACAAUUUUAUUAUCCAGGAGCACACUUUCAAAGGGAAAUUCUUCCGAGUAUCACACAGCCGCAGCAUGUACCAGUUCGUGAGGUAGUACAAUCUCAUUCACUGCCAGGACCAACCACACAACUUGCUACAGAUAACGGAUUACUUGGGGACAUUGUGCCACCUGGAAUGCGUAACACAUGAGACGGAUAGUAUGGUGAUCCAUCGACUGCUAGUCUGGAACAAAAAAAGAGCAUCAUAUUCCCUUAUUUAAUUUAGUGGAAAAUCAGAAGAGGAAAGGCAUAUAAUUUAUUUAUCAAGCUGGAAGUCGGUCCAUUACCUGGAAUUCCAAUUCUAUCCCUAACCUGCAUAUCUUAGAUUCAUGUGUACAAUUGGAGCCUAGGUACGUAUAUAUAUAUUGAUAUCUACUUGUAUCAAACUUUUAAUUAUUCUCUCGAGAAAGUACAUGUAAAUAUUGAAAUUGUUUCAUUUAGGUUUCAAAUUAAAAGUAAUUUGGUAAGUAUAUUACUUGCUAUUAAUUUUAGGCUUCAAAGUGUACAUAACUAGAGGUUGCAUG